GCAAAUGAUCAGGGUCUGCUGAACUGCAGGCAGCCUGUGUUAGUGCCUGGAAGUAGAUUUCCAUCUCUCCGACUCUAGUUCCAAUGGGCCGGCUGUUCUGGGAGGGGGUGGCAGGAGGGAGGAGGAUGCUGUGAGCAGAGUUCUUGCAGCUCCGCUCCUCUGGGGAAGCCGAGCUGUGUGGGAGCCUUCCUUAGUGAGCCGAGAGCGUGUGAAUUGGAAAGGAUCCUGAGAGCGAGCUAGUCCCAGCUCCUCUCCGGAAAAGCAGUUCUCUCGCCUCAGAGAUGCGCCCAGCCUUCGCCUGCAUCACACUGCAUUCUUUAACACAUUACUGAAACUCCAAACAUCCACAGCAAUUUCAUGUGGACAGAUUGCAUAUUUUGAAAGCUCCAGGUAUUUUAUCAUUAAACAUGCAAUGUGGAAUCUUUGAAGCAUAGAGCUCUGCCCGGCACCCGAAUAGAGAAUCCCUCACCUGGUAUGUGAGAAGAGCCCCUCUCCACCAUGACAAACCAGGAGAAAUGGGCCCACCUCAGCCCUUCAGAAUUUUCUCAGCUUCAGAAAUACGCUGAGUAUUCUACAAAGAAGUUAAAGGAUGUUCUUCAAGAAUUCCAUGGUAAUGGUGUGCUUGCAAAGUAUAAUCCUGAAGGGACUAUUGAUUUUGAAGGUUUCAAACUAUUCAUGAAGACAUUCCUGGAAGCAGAGCUUCCCGACGAUUUCACUGCACACCUUUUCAUGUCAUUUAGCAACAAGUUUCCCCAUUCUAGUCCAAUGGUAAAAAGUAAGCCUGCUCUCCUUUCUGGUGGGCUGAGGAUGAAUAAAGGUGCCAUCACCCCUCCCCGGACCUCUCCCGCAAACACACGCUCCCCGGAGGUGAUCCACCUGAAGGACAUCGUCUGUUACCUGUCUCUCCUGGAAAGAGGACGACCUGAGGACAAGCUUGAGUUUAUGUUUCGCCUUUAUGACACGGAUGGGAAUGGCUUCCUGGACAGCUCGGAGCUAGAAAAUAUCAUCAGUCAGAUGAUGCAUGUUGCCGAGUACCUUGAAUGGGAUGUCACAGAACUGAAUCCAAUUCUCCAUGAAAUGAUGGAAGAGAUUGACUAUGAUCAUGAUGGAACAGUGUCUCUAGAGGAAUGGAUUCAAGGAGGAAUGACAACAAUUCCACUUCUUGUGCUCCUGGGGUUGGAAAAUAACGUGAAGGAUGAUGGACAGCACGUGUGGAGACUCAAGCACUUUAACAAACCUGCUUACUGCAACCUGUGCCUGAACAUGCUGAUCGGCGUGGGGAAGCAGGGCCUUUGCUGUUCCUUCUGCAAGUACACAGUCCACGAACGCUGUGUGGCCAGAGCACCUCCCUCUUGCAUCAAGACCUAUGUGAAGUCCAAAAAGAACACAGAUGUCAUGCAUCAUUACUGGGUUGAAGGCAACUGCCCGACCAAGUGCGAUAAGUGCCACAAAACGGUUAAAUGUUACCAGGGCCUGACAGGACUGCAUUGUGUUUGGUGCCAGAUCACAUUGCAUAAUAAAUGUGCUUCACAUCUAAAACCUGAAUGUGACUGUGGACCUUUGAAGGACCAUAUUUUACCACCCACAACAAUCUGUCCGGUGGUAUUGGAAAGACAAGCAACAGUGAAAAAAGAAAAGAGUGGUCCCCAGCAGGCAAACAAAAUGACCGACAAGAACAAAAUGCAAAGAGCCAACUCCGUUACUGUGGAUGGGCAAGGCCUUCAGAUCACUCCUGUUCCUGGUACUCACCCACUUUUAGUUUUUGUGAACCCCAAAAGUGGUGGGAAGCAAGGAGAACGAAUUUACAGAAAAUUCCAGUAUCUACUAAAUCCUCGUCAGGUUUACAGCCUUUCUGGAAAUGGACCAAUGCCAGGGUUAAACUUUUUUCGGGAUGUUCCUGACUUCAGAGUGUUAGCAUGUGGUGGAGAUGGAACUGUAGGAUGGAUUUUGGAUUGCAUAGAAAAGGCCAAUGUAGCCAAGCAUCCUCCAGUUGCAAUUCUGCCUCUUGGGACCGGCAAUGAUCUAGCAAGAUGUCUGCGAUGGGGAGGAGGCUAUGAAGGUGAGAAUCUGAUGAAAAUCCUAAAAGACAUUGAAAACAGCACAGAAAUAAUGUUGGACAGGUGGAAGUUUGAAGUCAUACCUAAUGACAAAGAUGAGAAGGGAGACCCAGUGCCUUACAGUAUCAUCAAUAAUUACUUUUCCAUUGGCGUGGAUGCCUCCAUCGCACACAGAUUUCACAUCAUGAGAGAAAAACACCCAGAGAAAUUCAACAGUAGAAUGAAGAACAAAUUUUGGUAUUUUGAGUUUGGCACAUCUGAAACUUUCUCAGCCACCUGCAAGAAGCUACAUGAAUCUGUAGAAAUAGAAUGUGAUGGAGUACAGAUAGAUUUAAUAAACAUCUCUCUGGAAGGAAUUGCUAUUUUGAAUAUACCAAGCAUGCAUGGAGGAUCCAAUCUUUGGGGAGAGUCUAAGAAAAGACGAAGCCAUCGCAGAAUAGAGAAAAAAGGGUCUGACAAAAGGCCGACCCUCACAGAUGCCAAAGAGUUGAAGUUUGCAAGUCAAGAUCUGAGUGACCAGCUUCUGGAAGUGGUUGGCUUGGAAGGAGCCAUGGAGAUGGGCCAAAUAUACACAGGACUGAAAAGUGCUGGCCGGCGACUGGCUCAGUGCUCCUGCGUAGUUAUCAGGACUAGCAAGUCUCUGCCAAUGCAGAUCGACGGGGAACCGUGGAUGCAGACUCCGUGCACAAUAAAAAUUACACACAAGAACCAAGCUCCUAUGCUGAUGGGCCCUCCUCCAAAAACUGGGUUAUUCUGCUCACUCGUCAAAAGGACAAGAAACCGAAGCAAGGAAUAAUCCUGUAUCGUUUUGUUCUUAGAAAUUUAAAUAGCAUAGUAGGGCCAUGGAACACUUAUGCUGGAAAUCUUUGAACCGUUUCAAGUCUCCUGCUCAUGCAAAAUUAUGGAAUUGGUUUAAUAGUUUUUGUUACUGAGCUAAUGUAAAAUUCAGCUCUUAGAAAAUUUAUUGUCUCAGUUUUUAUAGGCAUCUUUGCAUGAAGAAAAGCAGAAGUUUACAUGAAGUGAUACUGCAUAUUUUUGUUGCAUGCAUUUCCAUAGAUUUUUAUGUCUUCAACCCAUCUCUUCCCCAAUUUCCACUUAAUAACCUGUGUGAAAAAUUUGUGAAACAUGCAAAAGGAGAUAUCAUGGGAAAUGUGAUUCUCGGUAUGAUUCCAGUUAUUUCUAAGCACUAAUCAGUAAUGCACCAAUGACCAUUAUUGUGGAUUGCUAUUUCUUCCUCUUCCAAUCAAUGUAUCAAUGACCUUUGACCUAUGACUUGUGGAGAAACUUUUGAUUCAAAGGUUUUAUUACAUAGUUGUUUAUGAUACCUUGCUAUAUAUA